CGCGGUCAGUGAAUGCCGGUUAUCGGCCACGUCCGUAUAUCGAUAUGCCCGCGAAUCUGCCAUAGAUAGACGCCACGUUUAUGUCACAUACGUACCUAACAUACACCGGUCGAUAACUCUUGUUAUCACCGUCAAUAUCCGCAAUCCCGUACACCUCAUUCCCGAGGACGUCGAAGAUGUCUCGUAUUCGCGCGGGCGCUUUAAUAUGCGUCCUCGCGCUCUACGCGUGCACGCUCAUACACGCCGCCGAUCUCGUGGACCCGGACCUGGUUGUCAGAAAUGUCGAACGUCACAUCGAUCUGCAAUCCCAGCUGACCAAGAUCACCACUCGAGUGGUUCUGGACAAUAAUAGCAAGGAUCGAGCCAUCCAGCGCUUUCUCUACUGCCUGGAGGGCGCGCAGAGGGAGUCUCUCAGUUACAUAGCGGCACGCGUGGAACCAGGUAAACUGGAGCUCAAGGUCACGCCGAUCAAGGUCGAUGCGCAUCGCGACAAGAUUUUCUAUUCUAUCGAUCUCGCCAAUUAUCUGGCGCCUCGACGCGCUCUCACCAUAGAGGUGGAGACGAUACUCACGCAUGAGCUGGUACCGCAUCCUAAGGAGAUUGCCCAGCAGGAGAAACAGCUGGUCAAGUACACGGGGAAUGUGUACGCUUAUUUGCCCUACGCUGUAACCAAGCAGACGACUUAUGUGGCUUUGCCAUCACGCAACAUUGAAAGCUACACCAAGAUCAAACCUGUCUCCCAGACUGGUUCAGCGAUAGCUUAUGGACCGUUCGAGAAGCAACCACCUUUCGCCUAUGAAGAGUUGACGGUGCACUUUGAGAACAACAACAAGUUUCUCACGGUGACCAGGCUCGAGAGAACCAUUGAGAUCUCUCACUGGGGUAAUAUAGCUGUCGAGGAGCACAUUGAUCUUCUGCAUACUGGUGCUUUGUUGAAAGGUUCCUUCUCUCGUUAUGAGUAUGCUCGUGAAUCCAAGUCCGGACAGGCCAGCAUCCAGAGCUUCGAUACUAUCCUACCUGCGGCCGCUUCCGACAUCUAUUACAGGGACGAGAUCGGUAACAUCUCCACGUCGCACACCCGCAUCAAGAAGGACUCCGUAGAGUUGAAUCUGCGUCCGAGAUUCCCGCUGUUUGGAGGCUGGAAGACUCGGUACACGAUCGGUUAUAGCGUACCCAGUUACGAGUACCUGUUUCAUUCCGGAGACGAGUACACCCUGGAGAUGAGACUGCUGGAUCACAUCUUCGACGAUAUGAUCGUGGACGAAAUAGUUCUGAAGAUUAUUCUGCCGGAGGGUGCGCGGAAUAUACAGCUGGAACUGCCGUAUCCCACGACCCGCUUGGCGGAUUCUCUGCACUACACGUAUCUCGACGUCACCGGACGUCCGGUGGUGUCAGUGACCAAGAAGAAUCUGGUGGAGAAUCAUAUCCAAAGUUUCAGGUUGAAGUAUACAUUCCCGCGUCUGCUGAUGUUGCAGGAGCCGUUGCUGGUUGUGGUAGCGUUGUACCUAAUGUUCCUGUUAGUCAUAAUAUACGUGAGAUUGGACUUCUCCAUCGACAAGGACGAGGCGUCGGAGAGUAAACUGAGGAUCGCCGGACAGUGCGAGAAGAUAUUGGCCGCUCAGGAUCGCCGAGUCACAUCCUACAACGAGCUGGACGAUCAGCUGGCGUAUCUGAAGACGAACAAGGAUGCCAACGCGUUCCUGACCGCGGUGAAGGGCAUCAACCAGGAGUACAAGGCGGCCACCGCCGCGCUUAACGAGAUUGCGCAAAAGCUGAAGGGUGAAUCCGGCGAUGUGUACGAUCGCGUGCAGGAGCUGCAAAAGUGCGAUCGUUCCCUGAAGGAGCUCUACAACCAACAGCAGACGCUGUACGUGGAUAAACUGGUCCCAGGGAAGAUCGGUCGCCAGCAGUUCGUCGAGGCGGAGGCGGCGAUCGCCAAGAAGAAGGAGGAGUGCGUCGAGAAGAUCAAUGCGAUCAUAAAGUCGCUCCAGUAAUCGCAUUCCGCGAAUGAACUUGAGAGCGAUGUGAUGUAUUUUCGCAAUACAGUAAUACAAAUAUCUGUCGCAUCUGUUAAUAUUCCAUUCGUGAAAAUAUAAACCAACUGGGAACUUAUUCCAUAAGUUUACAAAUGCAUCGAGUCACGAGAAAAGAAACUCUUAUGUCUGUAUCGUAAAUUAAGAUUUGUAAUAAAUAUGUAGGAAAAAAAACGUAUAAUUACGUUUUCGUUGUACCUCCUCUAAGACUGUUGUAUCUAAAUAAAAAAAUUGUUGAUAACUUCUUCUUAA